AUGGGGGUGGGGGAGAGAAGAGAAUACGAACAGAAAAGCCCAAGUACUUUUCACUCCUACUUUCCUCUACCACUAAGGAAUGCAAACCAAAUGGUAAGGGUUUUGAGGGCUUCUGUAUUUAUCCACAAGACUUUGCAAGUGUGCUCUUGUCUGAGAGUGCUUGUGGUACAGGGCACAACGAAUGCUGGAGGAGGGAAUGAGGACAGAGGAGAUCUGGCCAUCAAAGAGCCCCCAUUCAAAACUCCUACUGCCUUUCAAGGCCUCCAUUCAAGGCCCUUAGUGGUUAAUGGCUUAGGCACAGACACUCUGCCCCCAAGAUGUGGCUUUGACCCCAUUCGCCACUGACGUCCGUGUUCAUACGCUCUCCUGGUUCAAUUUCCUGAGGUUUCUGAUUUCCUGAGUGAGGGAAGGCGAUGUUUAGAAAAGAGGUGCCAGACUGGAGGAGGAUGCAUAGGGAGAGGGAGGGCUUUGGAAGGGAGGGGUCACUUAUCACAGAUAAAAAGGUCCCCUUCUUUGCCAGUGAAGACUGCAGGGACACUGGGAGAAGAGAACCUUCAGGCAAGUCCUGUCUACAGAAGGAAGUGCAGCACAUUACAGUGAGUAUGCAGGACCUUACUAAUGUCUGUAUGGGGGUGCCUUGCACAUGCAAAAUUAUAAGAAGUAAAUGGCAGAGAUCUGAGGGUGCUAAUGUGUAUGGAUUACCUGUUUUGGGUUGUAGGAUUUUAAAAUGGGCUGAUCUGGGCUUUUGCUGAUUGGGAAACUCAAGAUCAGUCUCAAUGAUACUUGCUUAUAAUUAAAAAGACUUAGGACAGGCACAUGAGCAAUAAUACUCUUCUUCCCCUUUGAAAGAGGCUCCAGAUCAGGCUGUGUAAAAAUAUUGGUGGCUCUUCCAUUUCUCUAAAUGAUUUUCCCCUGUCAUUGACAACGAAGGAACAAGCUGCUUGUAUGCAGCCAGGUAAUUUUGGUGAAAAUGGUUGAUAUUACUUUCCAUGAAUUCUGGCUCAGAACUGAAAGCAGCAAUGUUUCUGGCAAAGAACUUCCUGAACGUAUUGAUUAUAAACAAGUAAAAUUCUUCCAGGUGUUGUCAUGAUGACACCCAGAAAAAUGCCAGAGUUUCUCUGAGUUGCCAGCCAUAGGUCAUUGACAUGCUGAUGAAAACCUGGAUGGAUCAAAAUCAGGCCUUUCACUGGAACUUUAUUAUGUUAACAAAAUCCUUACCAAGCUCUUAGUUGCCCUCGGAAAAUGUUAGGCAUUUUGUGGGUAAGAUGUUUAUAGUAUCAACAUGGUGUUUAAAAAACCCAUCCACGCUUCGGUAAUGUUGGCAAUUAAUGUGGUGACAGAGGUAACAAAUCAAAAGAGACCAAGGAGGAAAAAGUUAGCCAGAGAAACGGUGGCGGUCUUUCUCCCAGCAUGCUCUUGGAGAAAGGCUGAAGACGAGAAUGGCUGUUAAGAAAGUGAAUUGGGCCCUGCUUUUUGGGACAACGCAUCACUGUUAGAAGUCUCUUUACAGCUUGUCCCCUCCUCACCUGAAGCCUUUCUCCCAAGCUUAUUUUUCUUCUGUUCUUUCUCUAUCCCUUUGCCUCAGCCAUCUUUUCUUGGCAGCACCGAGGCCUGCAGACACCAGAGGGGCCGUGAUAUGCAGUUGCCUCAUAAAAUCCACGUUCAGUAAAUCUGAACUCUGUGGGACAGAAGCAUUUCCUUACCAAGCAAGUGACUAUCCUUAAAAGAGACUAAAAAAUCUAGGUGGAGCUGGGGAACAAGGAGUGGAAGGGAAGCUGGUAUGAGAGACUGGGAUGGAUUCAUGUCAGGGGCUACAUUUCUGGCUCAACCUCCCGGUGAAUACAAAUCUCAGAGAGAAGCAGUGUUUGAACAAAGAUGAUGUUGAUGACUGAGAAGGAAAGGUCCGAUACUGGGGAAAAGAAGUCCUUUAUUCAUCUGGGGAUAGUGCUUAUAAACAGUCUUUUCCUUUCUACUUUCUCUGUUUCUUUCCACAUGCUCACAGAACUUGGAAGAGGGCUAUGGGUUUGGAGCGAGCUAUUUCCUGGCCCUGCCAAUUCCAAUGUGAUUUGGACAUUCUCCUCUUCCAAAGUAUUUUUGCCAAAGGGAGUAGUGUGAGUUCCUGCCUACUCCUGGGGAGUUUCAUAUUAUAAGAACAUGAGAAGAGCUCAGAUAGACCAGGCUAAGGCUCAUCUAGUGAUGCGGCAGCUAAAAAAGCCAAUGCAAUUCUGGGCUGCAUCAAUAGGAGUAUAGCAUCUAGAUCAAGGGAAGUAAUAGUGCCAUUGUAUUCUGCUCUGGUCAGACCUCACCUGGAGUACUGUGUCCAGUUCUGGGCACCACAGUUCAAGAAGGACACUGACAAACUGGAACGUGUCCAGAGGAGGGCAACCAAAAUGGUUAAAGGCCUGGAAACAAUGCCUUAUGAGGAACGGCUAAGGGAGCUGGGCAUGUUUAGCCUGGAGAAGAGGAGGUUAAGGGGUGAUAUGAUAGCCAUGUUCAAAUAUAUAAAAGGAUGUCACAUAGAGGAGGGAGAAAGGUUGUUUUCUGCUGCUCCAGAGAAGCGGACACAGAGCAAUGGAUCCAAACUACAAGAAAGAAGAUUCCACCUAAACAUUAGGAAGAACUUCCUGACAGUAAGAGCUGUUCGACAGUGGAAUUUGCUGCCAAGGAGUGUGGUGGAGUCUCCUUCUUUGGAGGUCUUUAAGCAGAGGCUUGACAAUCAUAUGUCAGGAGUGCUCUGAUGGUGUUUCCUGCUUGGCAGGGGGUUGGACUCGAUGGCCCUUGUGGUCUCUAUGAUUCUAUGAUUCUAGUCCAGUAUUCUCUUCUCAAAGUGGCCAGCCAGAAGCCUAUGGGAAGCCCACAAGCGUGGUCUGAGGGCAACAGGACUCUUCCCACUUGGGAUUCCCAGCAUCCAGGGAGGCCCAUCGUCUCCAACAGUGGAGGAAGAACAUUUCCACCUUGGAUAGUGGCCACCUCUCCCCCUUUAUUCCAGCGGGGCACAUGUUGCCAUCUUCUCCCAAGACCACGACUUCUAAGGACCCCUGCCUUAAUCUUACGCAUCAAGGACAUGUAAAAAAUAAAAGUUCAUAAAACCUCAGGAAUAGCUGAAAAAUGUGCCCCACCAGCCAGAACAAACUUACCGUAAGUGUUCAAUGUCUUGUUUGGCUGUAUAGCUCCAGAAGCUUAUGGGCAAGCAAGCUGUUCAGACAGCCCAGAUCUGGAUUGAUUUGGCACUCGUAACUGCUCCGUGUAGCCAGUUAGUUUUAUUCUGAAUGUGGUUUUACAAGUGGUUUGAGUAUGACCACAUAUUCCAUUUUUGGUAAUUGUUAAAUUUACAGAUGAGUAAAUAUUCCUCUGUUCUUGAUUUCUAGGAACUUGGGAUCUUAAUCCCAAUUCAGUUUACUCAGAGAGCUUUUCAUUCUGUGCUACUUUCCCUUUCUAGUACAGUGGUACCUCAGGUUAAGUACUUAAUUCGUUCUGGAGGUCCGUUCUUAACCUGAAACUGUUCCUAACCUGAAGCACCACUUUAGCUAAUGGGGCCUCCUGCUGCUCCUGUGCCGCCAGAGCAUGAUUUCUGUUCUCAUCCUGAAGCAAAGUUCUUAACCCAAGGUACUAUUUCUGGGUUAGCGGAGUCUGUAACCUGAAGCGGAUGUAACCUGAAGCGUAUGUAACCCGAGGUACCACAGUACAUCCAAGGAAGGGGGAAGGUAAUGAUAGAACUUCAUCAGGGGGGAAAAUACUGUUUUCCAUGCCUAUCAUUUCUGCUCCAUCCUGGCUACAGGGCUGUCUAACCAGCAUGACCAAUGGUUGUGUGUGUGUGUGUGUGUGUGUGUGUGUGUGUGUGUGUAAGUUGUAGUCUGGCAACAUCUAGUGGGGCUCCAGCUAGCCAGCCCUGCCAUACAUACUUCAUACAUACUUAUUUCUAGGUGGGCAUGCAUAGGACUGUGGUGUUAAUGAAUUGCAACAAUGCAACUGAUAUACAAAUCCAUUGUUGAUGUGAUGCUAAAAAUUCACCUUUUUGAUGUGCAGACUGCUCUUGUUACCAUUCUGGCCUAUUAUGGUGGUGGCACAUUAUCUUCUGGAAAGCUACCAAAGAGUUCAGGCACCAUGAUUUUGCCAUAUGGUUUCUGAAUCGGCCAAGAGACCAGUUUGAACAAUUGAACUUGCAUCUUCUUCCUGGGUAUCUGUGUGAGCAGAUGCUCAGCAGACCUGAAGACCCACAUUAACAAAGCACAAUAUGGAACCAAGCUGUUUAGCUUAAAAUCUAGUAGCAUAAUGAAAAAAACCACAACUCCUCUUGAGUAUCUGAAAAGAGCACAUUUAUUCUCUUACUCUCCCCCAUGUCACUUUUCCUGCCCAUAUUGCAUCACUUAAAGUGCCCUCCUCACCCUGACUUGGUUCAUUUCUAGUAGUGGGAGAAAAGUGCCUACAGCAACUGAGUAAAAUGGGGGACAGAUCAGUUCUCCUCACUCACACACAUUAAUUUUUUUUUGUUAUAUUAAGUAGAUCCCUUGCCAUUUUGGGCAUGAAUAGGAGUCAUGCCAAGAACAAAUCUGACUGCCUUGGUCAUAUCUAGUUUGGACCUCACCAAGGUUUUCAACCUGUGUUUGGGCUGCACUAUUUCAGUUCAGGCCAAAAGUGUGGGUCCUUACAUCACUGAAUGCUCCUCCACACCUCAAAAAGCAUCUCCUCAUAGAAAACAUGUAGGUAAUGGCAAAGAACAGGUUAGAAACCCUUCACUCUGGCUUCUAAUUUCCUGUGUGGAGGCGUUUUUGUGUGCGUAGAGAAGCAUUCAGUCCUGACUUGCAUUGGCUAGGGAUGAGGGACAAAUUGGAUUCAAUAUGCAUUGAAAGGCGAAAUUAUGUAAUUUGCACUUUCCAAAACAGUACACAAACCGUAGCAGCUGUCCCUCAAAAUUUGCACUUCUCUUAAUUUUGCAGUGCAGUUGUCCAACCAAGUAAUGUGUGCAAAAAUGCAGAUACCGAGGUAAAGUGUGCAUAUCAACAUAUAUAUUAGUGAAAAUAACACACACAAAAUGCAUUAUAUUAGGCAACAUUGUAUACAAAAUUGUGUCUAUUUGGAGAAAUUCACAUGAAAAUGCUGGCAUAUUUUCAAAGGGACGUUAAAAAAACAACCACAAACUGAUGUGUAAAUGUAGAGGACUGAACAUCUUAAGAUUAGAAAAAUGAGAAACAGAAAUUAAUAGAUUCACACAUCCCUGGUAGUGUCUUAGGCCACAAACAAGUUUACCACCACUCUGAGAACCAGGCCACAGAAAGCAGAAGUUCAAAGCGGGAUCUGAGGGGGACUUAUUUGGUACCCUUAGGAGAGAUGUAGGAAUCAGACAAUUGGUGACAGGGGAAUACAAAACAAUAGGUCUGGCUCAGGCAGAUGGAGUUUAGAGAAGAGAAGCCAAUGCUAAAAUGAAUUAUUAAAUGAACAUGCCCCAGCGAAAGUGGUAAAUGUAGUGAAUGUACCUGGAGGGAUGAUGGGCUGCCAAGUUCCAGAACUGUGUAUACAAAAUGAAUGUGGGAAAGGCAAGAAAAUCAGAGGAUAAAUUAUAAAAUUAAACACAUAUGUUUAGGAGGAGCCCAAUUCAUAGGCCAGCCCUCCACAGACCAACAUUUUCUGGAACAUGCAGAGUUAACAGCUCACCUCCUUUUGAACUGUGGAGUCCUCCCUCUGAAGAAAGGGAGGGGAAGACAGCUUGCCCACUCCCACCAGAGGCAGAUCUUAAAGCCAUGAGUAGAGGUGUUUUAUAACAGUCUCCUCCUGGAGUGCAAGUGCCAAUAGGUCCCUCCUGCCUUCUCAGGCCCCCUUCAUCUGACUCUCUUGCUCCCCAGCUGUUGCUGUUUUAAUAAACACUCCCUGCUAAACUUUGCAGCUUGUCCAGAGGCUUUAGCUGUCCUCAGUGGAAACAGAGAAGAAGACAGUCGCAGAGAGAGAGAGAGGCAAAGAGAGAAACCAUGCGGAGCCUCAUCAUCCUUGCGCUUCUGGCCGUCCUGAUGAUGGCAGCUUUCUGUUACGGUAGGUGAUGUCUUUUAUUGCUAGUCAUUUGGGAGAAUAGUUUGUCACAGGAACUGAAUGUUCUGGCCACACACUUUGGUUGAAUUUUCACUUCCCCUCUUUGCCACUUACCCUUCUGUCAUAACUUACAUCCUUGGCAUCCUUUCCACACUUGUCUCCUCUGGUUCCUCUACAGUGUCCAAAUUGAGCUCUCUUCUUUCUGUUUCAUGCCUGAUAUAAACCAUUCUGUGUGUGGGGGUCAAUCAUUUUGCCUGCAAGCAGGACAAUGGAAACCUUGCUGCCAGCCUAGAAAAUCUUAGGGGCAGAUUUCCCAAUUGUCUUCAAAAUGCAUAGACUACUUUUUCAAAGAUAGCGGCCCAUUGGGAUUUCACUGUGUUAAAGGACUACCAGAUUCUCUGUGGGGUAGAUCAAUAAGAUGAAUUUUGAUAAAUUUCAAUCGAACGAUGCUUCAUGAGUAGCCCACUGGGUUAAAGAAGAACACUUGUCCCUUCCAGAAAUUCCAACUGCUUCUUUUGAAACCUCAGGGAUGGGCAAAUGGGAAUGAUGGGGAAAUCUGAGGCAAGUGGCUUAUAUUGACUGAGGUUGGGAAGCAAUUUAUCCAGUGUACAAUUGGUGAGCAUCUUCACUGGGAUUGUCAGUUCGCUUCACUGGCAGAGUCCAAAUCAGGUCUUGAUCCCUUGAAUGGUUAGGAUUUAUCUUCCUAUAAUUAUAUGUUUAUUCUUGCUCUGAAUACAUAUUUGGUUUCUCCCUCCUUCUUGUGGCACAAUUACAUGAACUGGAUUGAUUUGAGAUAGAAUGUUAUAAUGUGAACAGCCUAUCAAAGAUGAUUUGGUUGUGUCUGCUUCCUCCAAAUUGCUAAAUUUUGGUUAGAUUUUUGGUACCUUUCAUACUUGCCACUGUGAUUUAUGUUACAUGGGAUUUACUAUCUAACCCCAAAAUAACAAUCUGUGUCCAUUGCUUUGUACUUUUCUUAGCAUUCUUUUAGUCUGAGAACUAUUAUAUAUUUUAUCAACGUGAUCUAAUAAAUAUUAAGCAUUCAACCAUGAUGAACUAAGUCAGUGCAACAUUUUAUGAAUACAGAUGGAAAGGGUAAGUGCAUACAUUCAGGAAUCGCAAAAUAAAUGCAUUCAGGAACGCAGCCAAAGUUAUACAGUUAUACAUUUUUAUGUUCCCCUCAUUUCCAUAGGAAACUUAAAACAUGCACUUCUAUUUCUACCACUGAAAUGGAGAACAUUCAAAGAUUCUUCUGAUUCCAGUUCUAUACCAUAACCAAAAGAUCAUAGCGUUAUUUCUUAUUCCUCCAUUUGAUUGAUGCAUUGGUUUUAUCUGAUGCUGUGCUUGUCACUAGCACAAAUGGCUUUUCGGAGGAAUCAAUGUAUUCUUUAAGGGGCUACAUUUAUUGUUAGCUACAGUGCUUUUUUCUGGGGGGAUGCAGGGUUACACAAACCCCUAAACAUUUUGUGAAUCUAAGUUUGGCCUCAUUGAGGGGCGGUAUUUCAAUAUGAGUAGGAAAAUGAGAGAACCCCUAAACAUUUUUUUAAGAAAAAAAGCACUGGUUAGCUAUAAUUCAUAGUAGCUUAGAAUGAAAUCUUCAUGUCCAGUAGCAGUAUAUAUCUGACACUGUGAACAAACAACAAGGCAUUAUGGACCUCAUCAUGCCUUGCUUGUGAACUGGACUGGGGCAUCUGGUAAGCUAUGUUAGAAGGCAACGUUAUGGACAAGACAGUUUUGAUCUGGUCCAGCAAGGCUAUUCUUAUAUUUUUUCAUGUAUAUCCUUCUUUGUUUUGUUAACUAUGAAUUUACACACUGCCUUGUUUUCUUUUCCCUGUCACAGAGUCUCACGAGAGUAUUGAAUCACAUGAAUUUACAAGUAAGAAACGUUAUUAUGUACUCUGUGAUUUAUUGUGAUGCUUGAGGUUCACUUUUUGGAUUUUGUGGACAUCCCAAAUUCUCUUGCCAUGCCACUUAAUGAGAUCCUUGUAAAAUAUUUUCCCUCUACUCAAUCCAAGGAAUAAAAAUUAAGGAAUGCUCCACCAUCACUUCCCUGCCUUCAGUCUGUCCAAUCUGUCCAGUCAAGGGUAAUGGUGCAUUUGAUUGCUCCACCAUGAAAUAAACCAUCUGCAUGUUGACAUCUAGCAAGUUAGGGACAAAGAGAGACUAUACCUGCCCUCCCUGAUAUACUAGUUUUCCACAGGUACAGAAUUUUUGACAAAAAAGAGUAUCAAACCCUGUUAGUACCUUCCCUGCAUUCUGUAAUGCCUUUUCUGAAUUCGCAGAGGCAAUUCUGAGAUUGGCAGGAUGAGAACAGACAAUAACCAGUGAGACCUGCAACUAGAUGUUGCAGUUUAUCCUUCUUCUUACUAGAAGUGCUCCUGUUCAUAGUUCCAGCCACUCUUCCAAUCAUGGCACUCCACCCCUCCUUUCCCUGCUCCCCCAGUUCCUCAUUUGCCAAGAGAACAAUCUCAGCAUGCUCAAUAGUUACAGACUGUGGACCUUCAGCUGAAAAAGAAGCUUAACAUCCUGUGCCUAUUGGCAGUGGGUUUUUUUUUGUAAGGUGUGUGUUUGUAAACCCCUGAGCAUGCAAAUAUCUCUCCUUUGUUUCUUAGCGGUCCCGUUUUGGUUUUAAUCAUGUGGCUCUCAUCACGUUGGUUUGCUGUUAGAGGGAGUCACUACUGCAGGCAGCCUGUGUUCCCGAUGUGGAGUGCAAACUGUGUUCUGGGGAAGGGCAAGGCAAGGGGUAUUUCCCCCGGGACAUCUUCAUUCCCAAUGCAGAAAGUCAACACUGCAGAUUUCAGAACUCAUGCAAGCCCCGUUCCAGUACCUAACCAUUUGGUAGACCAGUAAGGGACUACCAUGAACUGAAAAGACCUGCACAGCUAGCCCACAGGCCUCUGAAACACUCGCAGGAGCAUGUCUGACCCCUUAGGUGGCAAGUUUAUACGUUCUUGCCCAGGACUGAACACAGCAAGGCUUGCUUCCAGCAACUUAAGUAAACGUACGUAGGUUUGGGCUAUUAAAUAAGUAUGAAUUAGAAGUAAAGGUAAGGGGGAGGUUGGUUCAUUGCAAAGAUAUAGGACUUUUAAGUCAAAUUAAAACAACUAGGGAGAAUAAGAAGAGAAAUAGGAAAGAUAGACACUGAGUCACUUGACAAAUAUGAUGCAAAAUGCAGAUAUGCAGUUGCAGAGUCAUUUUGCAAGAGCUCUUGAGAUGAAAAUAAAACAGGAUCCAGGAUCCACCUUUAAGCUCUGUCUGCAAUAUGAAACUUAACUGUUGUCCCUAAAUAUGCCCAUCCCUUUUCUAGGAAAGGUUUUCCUCACUUAGUGUCCUUCAGAUCUUUUGGACUAGAAUGCCGAUCAUCCCUGAUCAUUGUCCAUACUGGGUGGGGAUGAUGGGAGUUGUAGUCUGAAACUUCUGGAGUGAUUUUUGAGUUUGCCAGAAGAGUUUUAGACUGAGAGGGUAGUGGCUGUUUUUAUUUCUGUGGUCGUAGUGGCAAGGGCUACUGAUGCUGGGUAUUUUUCCUGAAUGUCCUAAAUACCAGAAAUAUUUCAUUCAGCUGGGAAACUCACGGAGGGAAAAACACACACAACAAAAUAUUUCACAUACUGGAGACAUUGAGUUGUUGAAAUAGGAAAGCAGAACCGAUUAACUUAUGCCUAUCUUGGCCAAAUGAAAACUGAUAGAUUAACCACACACAAGUGUUGGCAAAUAUAUAAAUGCCAAGAAAGGAAAAAGUGAUGCGACAAGAAGGAUAUUUAUGCAAGGGAAAAUAUUAGAAGUAUUUUCAAUUAGAGUGUGGGGUGAUGUCUCUAUGGAGAUGAUGGGGCCACAAUCAUGUAGCACUAAUUCAGUCUAGCCCAAAGAAAGCACUGCGGGAACCAACUGGAUGUGACACUCCUUAGCCAUUCUUACGCUUACGUCUAAGAACUAGAGGAAGCUACCUAGCCUCCCUCUGUCCUCUUCAGCACCAACAUUAUUUCUUUAAUUUGUUCAUGAGGUGCUGUUGUAAAAUUGGUUACAGCUUGCAUUGCAACAGCACUGUAGAGCUUUCCGCAGUGCUUUUGACUCAACUGGUGUGGAAAAUGGUGAUGGCAUAUUUGGUGAAAGUGUGCAACCCUGCCCAUUAGUAUUACCUGCCCACCUGCCCUCUGCCGUUAGCUUCACCACUGUCCCUCUCUCCUGCUGUCCUUUGUUGCAGAGUUCCUGGAGAAACUCAUCAGCCUCACCUCUUACAGUAGCCUCCUUCAUGCAUUAAGGCUUAGCUGUAGCCAAAAAUGGCUUUUGGCCAUCUGAAAGCGCCCAUUGAAAACUGGAAGAGAGAGGGCAGGAGUCGCUAUUAACAGCAGAAAGGCAAGAAUGUAUAGACCAAGCUGGUUGUAUUGGCCAUCACAAAGACUGAUAUUGGGAGGAUAUGGGAAGAGAGCAGUGCUUUUCUUUGUAUAGAACUGUUGGCCUUCGGUUCAACCUCAUAAUAAUGAUGAAUACCUAUCCCUCCAGGUCCCUUCAUUAACAGAAGGCACGCCAACAUCUUCAUGAGAACUCCACCUGAGAACAGGAGGAACCAAGUUGUGCAGGAAAGGUACGUCUUCUUAGUGUCCAGAGUUAUUCAUGGUGAGUGGGGAAUGAAGAGGAUGUAUUUUCUUAGGCAAGAGAGAAGCCAUUGGAAAAUGAACUGAACUGGAAAGAAUCUGAAAAUGACACAUUGCUAAUGGCAAGAGUCAUGAUCCCUAUUAUUAGAUCCUUCAUGGAAUGGCCCCCAGGACCCUGUGAUAAUAUCAAAAAUCUCCACUAGAUCCUCUGCAGAAUUGCCCCAGGAUCCUAUUGCAUGCAGCCUACUCUCCACUCUGCACCACUUCUAAGCCAUGGAAACAGCACCUGCCCACAUGUUUUCAUCUCAGGGUCAGACUCUGCACACAGUGUCACCCAUAUUUUCAUAGACGACAUUUGUGUGAAAGCUGCCAUAUUUCUAAAAACAACAACAAACCCUUUCAAGACUUUGCAGAGGUUUUUUGCAGGUGCUUGUGGACAGAAUUAGAAAUCACUUAAAGCCUUGCAAAGAUGCAGCUGGAAAAGCGGAAGUAGAUGCAAGUCAUAAUAAUAUUCUGUCUCUCCACCCCCCCUUCCCAUCUUCCCCUCUUGCGACUGUGAGCAGGAUCAGAGAGCGCAACAAGACCCCCCAGGAACAGCAGCGGGAGAUUUGCGAAGAUUACAAUCCCUGUGAGCGUUACGCCAUGCGCUAUGGCUAUGCCUCUGCCUACAGGCGCUUCUUUGGGCACAGACGUGGCAAAUAAGAACAUCAAGAAUCGCCGUUCCCAGUGCCUGGAGCCUGGGUUUCCUGUAUCUACAAAGAGUGACAUCUCCAAAAUGUAUUGUUGCUUGUUAACUGUAUGUUAUCCCACCUGCUGCUUCAUUCUUUUGUAGCCAAUGAUUUCUAGAUUCUGUGUUAAUUAGCACAAUGCUGACGUAGUGGUGGUUGGGCAAAGAAGGAUGUGGGUGUUUAUUAUGAAAUAAACGUCUGGUUUGAUACUGUUUGUUCGAAACUCAAGAGUUUUCUUUGGGUCACUCCCAUGCCAAGAACUGGCGUCUAUAAUUGUACUCACUUGCUUAGCAGUUUUUUAAAAAACUAACAAAAUACGUUUGGGUUUUUUGUUAGAUGGACUCUAGGAACGGCAGUAAAAGUGUUCUUUCACACG